GAAUAGACAUUUUUGAACGUGAUGGCAGAUUUAUGGAGUGUUUAGUUUCCCAUAUUUCAAGAGUUGUAACCGGAUAUGCUUCGCACGGCGAGAUUCAAAUUUAAGCUUGUCAAUAUUUUGCUACAUUUGUCAAUGAGUUGUGGCUAAGACUCUAAUGUGCAAUUUCUGUCCCUACGUCACUGAUGUUAACACUAGCUAAGUGGAUCUGUAGAGAUCAAAGGUACACAAAAUUUUCGCUUUCGCGCAUUCUCUCUAUCUGGACGUCUAAUCUCUGUACCCUGGAGAUUUCUUGGCUAUAUUUUGAUAAUGUGCUUAAGUGAAUGAUAAGUGUCGGGAAAACACAAGAUCAGCAAGCCGGGAUAGCCUUGGGCAGCCAUGAUGUUUUCAAUCUGCGCUGGUGGAGUUCAACUUUUCUUGCUGUUCGCUCAUCUUGCAAUCUCCGGCGCGUCGUGGGACGGAACCUCAAAGCCAGAGCGUCCUGUAAAAUAUGGCAAGGAAUUCAAGAUAACUGUCCCUUCAGUGCUCGACAGUGACGGUAAAUUUAUUUCGCACGUGGAUUGUAAAUCAAAACAAUACGACUCACGCACUGAACAACGCAGCGGUGGGAGCGAGGGGAGACUUCUGAACUUAGAGGUAUCGACAUUCGACGGGAAAAAACUGCGUCUUGUUCUCACCAAAAACACGAAUUUUACAGCGCCUGGGUUGAUAAUCGAGAAAGGCGAUCAAGUUAGACGAUACAAGCUUGACUGUCAUUACACCGGACACAUAAAAGAUCAGCCCAAUUCUCUGGUAUCUCUCAGUUAUUGCCAAGGCUUGAGAGGUUUCAUCCAAACUGAAGAUGGAGUUCAUUAUCUCAUUGAACCCGUUCAAGACCGAAACGCCUCAAGCGCCAGCGAUCAACACUUGCAUGUUGUGCACAAAAGGUCAGCGGGUCAUGACUCUCUGCCGCCUUGGAGACAAAAAAACCAUUUAUGCUCAGAUCGAGAGCCGAUAACUCUGAGUCGCCGACUCCGUUCGCCACUCAUCGAGAUGAGAAGCCAACAGCACGGGCGUCAAAAACGUUCGGUCAGCACAGAGAAAAACGUGGAGAUGCUGAUGGUGGCUGAUGAAACUAUGUACGCAUUUUAUAGAGACGGAUUGGAGGAGUAUCUUCUCACCAUAGCUAAUAUGGUGAGCAACAUAUUUCGUGACCCAAGUAUUGGAACUGCGAUCAACAUUGUUCUCGUACGGGUGAUGAUUCUGAGGGAAAACCCGAGUGCCCUGAAAGUCACCCAUCAUGCGGGUCACACACUGAAGCACUUCUGUCGUUGGGCGUCUCUAAUAAAUCCUAAAUCAGAGGAACAUGCCAAUCACCACGAUGUCGCAGUCUUAGUAACCAGACAUGAUAUCUGCAAAGGAAUCAACGAACCUUGUGAAACAUUAGGUCUUUCACAAGUGAAUGGUCUUUGCACCAAAGAUAAAAGCUGUAACGUGAAUGAAGAUAAUGGACUGACUCUGGCUUACACCAUUGCUCACGAGAUAGGACACAACUUUGGAAUGCUUCACGAUGGGAACGAUAACGACUGUAAGUGGAGUCCAGACAAACCCUUUCUGAUGUCUCCACAGCUGGAAGCCUCAGGCCGGCAACAGUUAUGGUCCUCUUGCAGCAGAAAUUAUCUCAGACGCUUCUUGAACAAAGGAUGGGGACACUGUCUUGAUGACGAACCUGCAAAGCAUGACUUUAAAUUUCCCAGAAUGCUUCCAGGGGUGAUCUACGACGCUGACCACCAGUGUCGCCUGCAAUACGGUCUGGACUCUUCCCACUGCACAGGCAUGACGAAUAUCUGUAAUCGAUUGUGGUGCCGAGUCGGUAAGGCGUGUCAUUCUAAACUGGAGCCAGCUGCUGAUGGAACAAAAUGUGGGGAUAACAAGUGGUGUUACAAAGGCAGCUGCAUUGAGAGAGGGGAGAUACCAGAGAGUGUGGAUGGAGGCUGGGGUCCGUGGAGAAAUUUCAGCGAAUGUUCCAGGACCUGUGGUGCUGGAGUCUCCUUUACAGAGAGACAUUGUGAUAAUCCAAGACCGGCUAAUGGAGGAAAGUAUUGCAUCGGGGAGUGGAAAAAGUACAGACUUUGUAACGCACAGCCGUGCCCUCCCGGCAGCUUAGGUUUUCGUGAGUUGCAGUGUUCACAGUUUGACAAAAAACGCGUAAACAACAGACGAUGGAAAUGGAAACCACGCUAUUCGAAAGUCUCUCCUUGUGAGUUGCACUGUACGCCAAAAGGGCUGUUUGGUUUGUACUUUUCCAAGAAGCUGGCUGAUCAAGUGCGUGACGGAACGCCUUGUUUCCCAGGAAAGCGUGACGUGUGCAUCAAUGGCAAAUGCGAGCAUGUUGGUUGUGAUAAUGUUCUCCAUUCAAAUGCAAAAGAGGACAAAUGUGGUGUUUGUCGCGGUGAUGGAACAGCGUGUGAGACGGUCAAGUCAACUUUUAACCAGAGAACUGGAAUAGGGUACGUCGAAACAAAAAUCAUUCCGGCUGGUGCCAGAAAUAUCCGCGUUGAAGAAGUAGCUGGCGCUUCAAACUAUUUGGCCCUACGGUCGUCCAGCGGUAAAUGGUACCUGAAUGGUGAUUGGUACAUACAACAGAGUGGCGAAUACUCUGCUGGGGGUACCAUGGUGUUCUACAAAAGGACACACAAUAGGGAAAGUUUUCAGGCCCUGGGACCGACUACUGAUGACCUGCAUAUUAUGCUCCUGUUCCAAACCAAAAAUCCAGGCAUUGAGUUCGAAUAUACGAUUCCCAAGAACCAAACAGUAACCCACACACUUGUGUUCAAGUGGAGAUACAGCGCUUGGACACCAUGUUCAGCUACUUGUGGCGUUGGCACCACUCGCUCUGAAGUGGAAUGCACGGAAGAGAGUGGUACACCAGUAGAUGAUAAAUACUGCAAACCUUUACCAAGACCAGAUGACAGGCAGAAAACCUGUAAUGAAGAUCUUUGUCCUCCCACAUGGUGGAGAGGACCAUGGCAAAAAUGUUCCAAAAGUUGUGGGAAAGGGAUCUCUAUUCGCUCAGUGCUCUGUGUAAGAAGUUCUGGAAAUGAUGAACAAGUAGCAUUGAAAGAAGAGGAUUGUGCAAAGAUCAGAGAGAAGCCGGAUGUCGUAAGAUCGUGUCUUAGGAAAUCUUGCCCAUCGGCUUGGACCGUGGGGGACUGGACCAAGUGUUCAGUAUCGUGCGGCCAGGGAAUCAAGAAACGUAACGUGACCUGUGGCGUGGCAGACCCCACAGAAAAGUGCGACAGUAGAGCUGUACCCAUUUCCUGGGCUUAUUGCAAUGAAGGAAUAUGUCCCGUGAUAACCCUCCCUCCAACAACUAUGGCAAACAUUUCUCUUGUAAAUCUUCGAGGAGAGGAUGUCAGGGACGUAAGGAAGAAUUCAAGUUUGAAAAAGUACUGUAAUGGCCAGAACUGCCAGAAAUGGUCAGCAGGUCGCUGGAGUAAGUGUUCGGUGACUUGUGGUAAAGGGAAUCAAGUCCGGCGAGUUCAUUGCGCAAACUCAAAUAUACUCUGCAACAAAGAGCUGAAACCACCCCAUGUUAGAAAAUGUAACAUGGAAGCUUGUGCGAAAUGGCAGACUGGGCCGUGGACCAAGUGCUCAACCUCGUGCGGAAGUGGAACACGAAAGCGCAGUGUAAGAUGUACAGCUGAGGAAAAAGAUGUAGUUUCGAGGCACUGUUCCGUGGCCGAUAAACCAAAAGCCCAAGAGAAAUGUUUCCUGAAGGACUGUCCCAAUAAAACAACCGUGAAGUCUCGUACUCAAACAAACUCAAAUUGUGCGGAAAGCGCCAGGGAUACGUAUUUCUGCAAGUUGGUUGUACUGCACAAAUUUUGUCAGUUUAAACACUGGAAAGACAGAUGUUGUAGGACGUGUCAAGACUCAAGAUCCUAACAAAAUGAUGGCAGAUUUUUACCGAUUUAAUGCGCAACCAGUAAAACUGGUCAUAGUCAAGCUAUACUUGAAACGUACGACGAAUGGCCAUCGGAAACGGUCGGAAAUUAGAUCGUGAACGAUCGGCAAUCCGUUUCAACGGCGAAGCAUAUUUAGGAAAAUUGAAUCUGGUGCAAGCCAGGCACAAAGGACAAAUAGGUCAAAAGUACACAAGAAGUAAAAUCUAGUAAUUUAAAUUAUUAGCUGACAGUUUUAAAGCGUCUCUGAUCGAUUUCAAAGAAAUUGAUAUUUUAGGAAUACAAAAUCCAAACUCUCCUUAGCGGUCUCUACAUUGCCACAGUAAAGCGAAGGGGAAUUUAAUUGCAAAUUAGCGUUUCGUUAUUUGUCUAAAGAUUUGACCUCCUUGGAAUGCUUUUAAAUAGUUCGAUGCUCAACAACCGAAAUAGCCUUUUAGGCCAGGUAAAAUUUAAUAGAGAUGGUAUGGUGACCAUCCUUCCAUUAAUUGUGAUAACAACUGAAAAAGUUCAAUUCUGAGUUAUUAUUUUAAGAGCGAACAGACCCGGAUUUUGAAAGACAGAAAGAAUCUUUUCUUUUGUAAAGAUAUUUAUACAGAUGCCUUUGGCGACAGAUAGUUCUAUUUUAUGAACAAAUAAAGCAAGAAAAAAAGAAAUGUGAAAUACUUCAACGGCGUAAUUCACUUGAAAAAACAAAUCUGGUAAAAUCCUAGAAUUACUUAAAACUAUGAAAUAUUCAUGUUAAGGUGGAGUCUCGCCAAUAGCACGACUGAAUGAGAGCGUCAGACAGGAAAAUAUUUGGCUCUCUAAUGCUGAAAAGGUCCGAGUGAGCUGAGCGUGCGAGGGCCGGGCCAAAUAUUUCCGUCAGGCCCGACCGCUAACUCACUUGAUAAGUAUUUUAAGGUCUUCGAACGGGAAUUUUUAUCCAUGGGUCUAAUAUAUAAAAGCACGUAGAAGUUAUAGAAAAAUAAAGAACACUACAGGGUUUCACAAGA